CUAGAGGAAAAAUCGAAACCAGAAAAUAAAAACAAACAUCUGUGUUGGGAGGGAGAAGGAAGAAGCCAUGGGAACAGUCUUUGUGCAAUCAAAGUCAAAAUCAAAAUCCAGCUCAUGGGAAGAAGAUAACCGUGAGAGCAGCUGCUACUUUCCUGGUUGCAAGAAAGAUGCCAAUUGCAAUUGCGAAAUGUGUUUGGCCAGCAUCAAUGCCACCCUCGAUCUCAUGCCCACCAGCGUCCACAAAAGCACCCUCACCAAGUUCUCUAAACCCCACAAAAUCAACAACGUUCUCUGCACCCCUCUCUCCUUCGAUGCCUCUGUUGUGUCCACUCCCCGAUCCAGUUCGUUUCAGCUCUCAUCAUCCACUCCUCUAUCCAGAUCAAGUUCCAGAUCAGACUCCACCCACGAAAUGGAGAAGCAGACCAUGAGACAAGAAACCUCUGCUUUCAGUUUCUUCAGGUUGCUUCUCCUUUUUGGAUUAUUUAUAUCUGCGGACCUUGUUUUCUCCUCGGUGGUCUCUGGGGUUUUCAAGCCUGCUUUCUCGCCGCAUGUGGUCAAAAGGGUCAGUGAGAAAUGUAGCCGAGUGAGUGAUUUGAAUGGAAAGCUGAGGCUUUUGCACACAGAGUUGACAAGUGUGGUUGUUGGGCAAGUUUCAAAUUGCAGUUUCACUGAUAUCUCAUCGUGGGAAAUCAGCCAGGAUGGUCUGCUAUUGAAUUCAAGGUGUACAAUGUACAAAUCUGCUACAGAAGAGGUAACAAUUUGGGGAUGGCCUUUGCAAACAGCAGGAUUGCUCACAAAUGGGUUCUCUACUCGAACAUUCACUCUUUUAUCAGGAAGAGUCACUCAGUGGAAUGGUGGACAAGGAGGCUAUUUGAUUCGGAAGGGAAAUACUUCAUGGAUGCAACCAAAAUGGGGUGCUUCAGCAGUGCAAUUAGACCCAAAUACUUGGGUUCUUGAAUAUCAAAGGAGCUCUAUUAUUGAUGGUACAAGGUUGUAUUCUGCAGUAUUGGAGUUCCUCAAGUUUAGGAUUUCAAGAAUUGUCGGCAGACUGAAGAAAGAUUUCUGGCUGUCUGUGGCAUUUGAAGAUAACCGCUACAAUGGAUUCACUGCAAACAAAAAGGCUCAAAUCCCAACUUGACCAAGAGUAGAUUUUGGAGUUAUAGCUCUUUAAUCAUCAGCACAAGUCCCUGUCCUCAUCUCUUGUGAGGAGCUUCAUUUCCUUUAGUUUUAGGUUCUCUUGUGUGUACUUUUUUAUCUUUUGAUUUUGAAAUUCAUUUGUAUAUGUUUUGACUAUCCCAACUUACCCUGCAAAGCUAUACAUUUGAAUACAAUUGGACAAAUGCACUUUUAGAAGAAAUUAAGAGAGUUAU